GGUGCUGUGGGACCUUCACAGUCGGGUGUCAGAGCAGCACAGGCUCCCUGAGGAUCACCUCCCUGUUAAUUGUGUGGUCAGGGUGUGAAGUAUGAGGGUCACAUGAUGGUAGCUCCACACCGCCAACCACACGCCGUCCUGCACGUCUCGCUCAGACGCCUGACAUGUCUCCGCCGCAGAGGGACGUCAGGACAUGCGGGCUCACGGAUCUGAAACCCGGAGGCUCUGCUGAUGUGCGGGGAUAAAGUCGGACCUGCUGAUGAACGGGCUGGACUUACUGCAUUGUUCUGAACUGCAGCGAGAGAGGGAGGAACAAAGAAGGAGAGAGCGAGCGAGUGCUGGAGUUUGUCCUUCGGUCGGAUUAUGGCUCCCAGGAGGAUGGAAACCAAACCGGUGAUCUGCUGUCUGAAGACGCUGCUGCUGCUCUACUCGUUCGUCUUCUGGGUGACAGGUGUGGUCCUGCUGUCGGUGGGGUUGUGGUGGAGGUUCAUGCUGGGCCCCUACAUGCUGCUGAUUUCCAGCGGACCCUCCAACGCCCCGUACGUCCUCACGGGCACCGGAGUCGCCAUCGUGCUGUUCGGGCUGUUCGGCUGCUUCGCCACCUGCAGGGGGCGCCCCUGGAUGUUAAAACUGUAUGUCGUGUUUCUGUCUCUGGUCUUCAUGACCGAACUCAUCGCUGGAAUCUCUGGAUUCAUCUUUCGCCACGAGAUUAAAGGGACAUUCCUCACGACGUACAGCGACGCCGUGACGAGAUACGACGGACGGGACGACAGGAGUCUGGCUGUGGACGCCGUUCAGCGCAGAGUUGGUCUUCACUGCUGUGGGGUCCAGAACUACACCAGCUGGUUCAGCACCGUCUACUUUCCUGUCAGCGGGAUUCCUGCCAGCUGCUGCGUUAGUUUCUCCGACUGCAGCGCGGCCGACCUGAAGAACACAACCGUGGCUGCUCGCAAAGUCUACCGACAGGGCUGCUACGAGCUGGUGACGUCCUUCAUCGAGAGCAACAUGGGAAUCAUCGCUGGAGUCACCUUCGGCAUCGCCUUCUCUCAGCUGAUAGGGGUGUCUCUGGCCUGCUGUUUGUCUCGCUUCAUCAGUGCCAACCAGUACGAGAUGGUGUGACAGAAACGUGACAAGGAUGCACAUCACCAUGGAAACCCAGCGAGACACACACACACACACACACAGCAUCUUUUAUAAACCCAAACACAACCAGCUGACUUUUCAUGUAUUUGAGUCUUUUUUGUCCGUUGUUCUUUGUUUUCCAUGAAGCUGAAUGAUUAACUCUCCUCUGUGUGGAUUUCUGUGAGGGUUCAGGUCCUGGUACUUAAUUCUGAAUAAUAACAAUAAAUAUGAAAUAAAUUGGGAAUAACAUCA